AUGGCCAAAAGGAGCAUCUCACUCUUCACGAUAUUUCUUCUUUCUCUGAGCGCCUUCUUUCCUUCACUCUCAGUGUCAUCAUCCACCACAGACAACUUCCUCUACAGUGGGUGCACUCAGCAGAGGUACGUGCCAAACUCGCCCUACGAGUCAAACCUCGACUCGCUACUCAAUUCCCUGGUCAACUCGGCCACGUACUCCACCUACAACAACUUCACCGUCUUAGGCACCACCCAACAGGACGUCGUGUACGGCCUCUACCAGUGCCGCGGCGACCUCUCCAUGCCGGACUGCGCCACCUGCGUCGCCCGCGCCAUCACUCGCGCCCGUGACCUGUGCCCGGAGGCUUGCGGCGGCGCCGUCCAGCUCGAUGGCUGUUACGUUAAGUACGACAACGCCACGUUCCUUGGCGCGGAGGACAAGACGGUGGUGUUGAAGAAGUGUGGGCCCUCCGUCGGUUACAACCCCGACGCCAUGGGUAGCAGGGACGCUGUGCUCGCCGGGCUGGCUGGCACCGGAGGGCCUUUUCGGUUGGGAGGGGCCGGUGGCGUGCGCGGCGUGGCUCAGUGCACCGGCGACCUGAGCUCCGGGGAAUGCCAGGACUGUAUCUCUGAGGCCAUCUCGAGGCUGAAGAGCGAUUGCGGCACGGCGGAUUAUGGUGACAUGUUCUUGGCGAAGUGCUACGCGAGGUACUCCACCGGUGGGGCCCACGAUGCCUCUAAGGCCCGCGGUAAAUCAAGAAAGGGAGGUGAAAAGACAUUUGCUAUAAUUAUUGGUUCAUUAGCAGGAUUAGCUAUACUCAUUAUUUUCCUUGCUUUCUUGAGCAAGAUUUGUGGACAGCAUGGUAAAGAGUAA